AUGAUAUGUUUUCUCUCUGUCUCAGAUAAAGAUGAAUGCCACGAAGGUCUGUGUGGCCCCAAUGCAGCCUGCAGAAACACAAUCGGAGGUUUCCUCUGCAGUUGUAUCAGGGGAUUUGUCCCGACAUUCAACCAGCCACUGAAUAAUAGGACAACGUCCAUCUGUGUUGAUAAAGAUGAAUGCCGUGACGGUCCGUGUGGCCCUCAUGAAGCCUGCAUAAACACAUUCGGAGGUUUCCACUGCAGUUGUUUGAAGGGAUAUCACCGGAUAUCAAACCAGCUGGAAAAUAGGACGGUGUCCUUCUGCAUAGAUAUAAACGAGUGUGACUCUAGCCCAUGUGGGCCCAUGGCUACCUGUCACAACACUGAGGGCAGUUUCUACUGCUCCUGCAAUAAAGGAUUUGACGGUGAUUGUAAAUUAGCCAACUCCUCGAAGUUGUGCUGCAGAGAUAAGGACGAGUGUGAGUCUGAACCGUGUGGAGAUAACGCAGUCUGUCACAACACCGUUGGGAGCUUCUACUGCAAGUGUGUUAAAGGGUUUUACACUGCGGAACACAGGUUCACCAACCCCAAGGAGUCUCAAUGUAAAGACUAUGAUGAGUGCUACACCAGCCCACCCAUCUGCGGCAGCAAUGCCUCCUGCUACAACACAGAGGGGACCUUCCACUGCCUCUGUGACAAGGGGUUCGCCCAACUGUCCGGCAAGAGGCACUUCACUGGCUACAGGGGCCGGUGCAAGGAUGUUAACGAGUGUCGAUUGAACCCAUGUGUCCCCAAUGCCAGCUGCAAUAACACGGUGGGCAGUUAUACCUGUGUCUGCAAUCUCGGAUACAUUUCAUCAUCAGGGGGGAGCAGACUGAAUCCUGGUGAUGUCUGUGUCAGUGUGCACGUCAGGAAGCCGGCUUAAUGUUUUAUUUAAGAGGUAAUAUUCCAGCAGUUCAGCUCUUUUUUAGCGUUAUCCUGGAACCUGUACACAGGUCACAGGAGUGGCCUUUAAACCUCCCCUCUGUUCCUCAGGCACACCCCAAGGCUGUGUUCUCUCACCCUGGCUAUUCUCCCUUUACACAAACCAGCUCACAUCCCACCACAGCUCCGUCAACCUGUACAAGUACGCGGACGACUCAACCAUCAUUGGAUUCAUCACCAACAACCAAGAAACUGAAUACCAUGCACAGGUCAACCAAGCAGUGACCUGGUGCACAGACCAUGAUCUCUUACUCAAUUCAUCAAAAACAAAAUAACUCAUCAUCGACCCAAGACGCCAGCCAUCCCCCAAAACUCCUGUGCUCAUUAAAGGUGAAUCCAUCUCCAUCACUGACACAUUCAAACUCCUUGGAAUCCACAUCAGCAACAACCUCAAAUGGAGGACAAACGCAGACCACAUCUAUGGAAAAGCCCAGCAAAGACUUUUCCAUCUCCGACAGCUCAGGGAGUUCAGAGUAACGUCUCAUCUCAUGCUCCGCUUCUAUACAGCCAUCAUUGAAAGCAUCCUCACUUCAUCCAUCACAGUCUGGUUCGGCAGUCUCAACUCACUCUCCCGGAAGAAAUUACAGCGCAUCAUCAACAGAACAUCAAAAAUUAUUGGCUUACCCCUACCAUCCCUUGAAUCACUUUAUCAAACGGACAUUACACAGAGCCCGCAAGAUCAUCUCUGAUCCUACUCACCCUGCACACUAUGCCUUUCAGCUACUGCCCUCUGGGAGGCGCUACAGGACAAUUGCCUCCAAAACAAACCGCUUCAAAAACAGUUUCAUUCCCACUGCAAUUAACUUUUUAAACUCUGUACGGUGAGGAAUAAGAAUAAGCAUGGCCCUUAUGUAUUAUGUAAUGUGUCUGUCUGUAUGUAUAUCUAUAACCAUAUAAUCAUAUAACCAUAUAACAAUUACAGCACGGAAACAGGCCAUCUCGGCCCUACAAGUCCGUGCUGAACAACUUUUUUUCCCUUAGUCCCCCUUGCCUGCACUCAUACCAUAACCCUCCAUUCCCUUCUCAUCCAUAUGCCUAUCCAAUUUAUUUUUAAAUGAUACCAAUGAACCUGCCUCCACCACUUCCACUGGAAGCUCAUUCCACACCGCUACCACUCUCUGAGUAAAGAAGUUCCCCCUCAUAUUACCCCUAAUCUUCUGUCCCUUAAUUCUGAAGUCAUGUCCUCUUGUUUGAAUCUUCCCUAUUCUCAAAGGGAAAAGCUGAUCCACAUCAACUCUGUCUAUCCCUCUCAUCAUUUUAAAGACCUCUAUCAAGUCCCCCCUUAACCUUCUGCGCUCCAGAGAAUAAAGACCUAACAUUC